ACAAAGUUAAAAAAAAAAAAAAAAAAACACAGAGACACAGACAAGUAGACAACACAGCCCCUCGCCGCCCACCCUCACACUUGAGUCUUGAGCACCUGCUUCAACUUCAAGCACUCUUACCCUCAAAUGGCCUCCAACACCUCCGCUAUCAUCGCUUGGGGGUCAGGAGAGGAUGGGCAAUUGGGAAUAGGGAACAACGAAGAGAAAGAAUGGGCGUAUCCCAUCAAAGCCCUCGAUUCCUACUCCGUCCGCUCCGUCGUUGCCGGCAGCCGCAACUCCCUCGCCAUUUGCGACGACGGAAAGUUGUUCACGUGGGGGUGGAACCAAAGAGGGACAUUGGGGCACCCACCAGAGACCAAGACUGAGAACAUUCCAAGCCAGGUUAAGGCACUAGCCAAUGUUAAAAUUGUUCAGGCAGCCAUUGGUGGGUGGCACUGUUUGGCUGUGGAUGAACAAGGCCGAGCUUAUGCCUGGGGUGGAAAUGAGUAUGGGCAAUGUGGGGAAGAACCAGAGAGGAAAGAUGACACUGGUAGGCCUUUGCGAAGGGAUAUAGUGAUUCCUAAGAUUUGUGCACCAAAGCUUGUAGUUCGUCAGGUAGCUGCUGGAGGUACUCACUCUGUAGUACUCACACGUGAUGGGAAUGUAUGGACAUGGGGUCAGCCAUGGCCUCCUGGAGACAUAAAACAGAUCUCUGUUCCUGUUCGAGUACAAGGUCUUGAAAGUGUGAGGCUCAUUGCAGUUGGAGCAUUUCAUAACCUGGCUCUCCAAGAAGAUGGAACUUUAUGGGCAUGGGGUAAUAAUGAAUAUGGACAACUUGGAACCGGAGAUACUCAACCAAGAUCACAACCUAUUCCUGUUAAUGGGCUUUCUGGACUUACUUUGGUUGAUAUUGCUGCUGGAGGCUGGCAUUCUACUGCAUUGACGGAUGAUGGAGAGGUGUAUGGAUGGGGAAGAGGUGAACAUGGGAGGUUGGGAUUUGGAGAUAAUGACAAGAGCAGCAAAAUGGUGCCUCAGAGGGUUAAUUUACUAGCUGCAGAGGACAUUGUUCAGGUGUCUUGUGGAGGCACGCAUUCAGUUGCACUUACGCGUGAUGGGCGCAUAUUCUCAUUUGGUAGAGGUGACCAUGGACGUCUUGGAUAUGGUCGAAAGGUGACUACUGGUCAACCAUUGGAAGUGCCCAUAAACAUCCCACCUCCAAGAAAUCUUGGUGACGAUGCAGCUGAGGGUCGUUGGAUUGCUAAACUCGUUGCUUGUGGGGGACGCCAUACUCUAGCUAUUGUUGAAUGGAAGGAUACUGAUGAAUCUAAACAGUGAUGUGAUUAAAUGAUGAUGCCAAAUUUCUAAAAACAAGCAUCAUAAAUUUUAGGCUGCUUAACUUAUUACAACUUAAGGGACACUUAUUAACAAAGCAACAUAGACGGAACAGUUUGAUCUGAUAAAUAAUUUGGUGAUUA